AGUGUGUAUAAUCAGUUGAAUAUAAAUAUAAUACAAGGCACGCCAAAAAUCUACACUGUGAUAUAAACUGAAACUCGUCGAUUUCUAGCUUAAAAUAUCAAAAAUCCCAUAAUGUUUCCACUUCAAACAUUAUGGGGUAAAGAAACAGCAUCCGUGUUUAUUUUAACAGCUUUUUUUCUUGGUGGCUGUGGUUUUACCUGGUUUGAAGCCCAUAAAGGAUGUCAAGCAAUCAACGAAACGAUAGUAUCAGUUUCAGAUUCAAAGCAACCAUAUUGGACAAAAUAUUACAAAAGACGUUCUAACUGGAUAGGAACUCUAGGCUGUUUCUUGGAUAAGGAUUUUGUUUUUGAAAGGAAAAAUAACUUUACUAUCCACAUUCCUUCAGCUGGAUUUUGUCAAGAAAAAUGCAUGGAACGGAUGCCAAACGAAUCCUUUUUGUUCGCGAUGCAGAUAGCUAAGCGGAAAUGGCACAUGCAGUCGCAAUUUAGAUGCACUCAAACAUUUUGGGAAGAUAAAACAUAAUUUCCGAAGCUCCAUUAUUUGAAAUUCACUUCUUUUAAACAAAAUGCUUAAUAUAUUCUUUUUAACAGUCAUUACAGUGUAACAAUAGGUACAAAAAGGUUUGUUUUUUUUUAUUAAAGUCAGAAUAUAAGGAUAGUCGUUUGCUGUGUAGAAAUGUAUGUCUGUACCAUUUAAAUAAUGCAUAGUGCAUUAUUUCACUUGGUGGUCAAAUCAUGUAAACA